CUCGGGAAGAGCGCACCCACCCAGGCAGCAUGAGGCUCAGCGCGGCCGCUCUGCUUCUCAUGGUGCUAAUCAGCAGCCUCUCUCCAGGCCACGGUGUUCUGGAGGCCUACAACACAAACCUGAAGUGUAGAUGUAUUCGAGGAACCUCGAGCAUCAACAUAUCCCACAUCCAGAGACUUCAAAUUAGAGCCCCUGGGCAUGGUUGCCCAAACACAGAAAUCAUAGCCCACUUGAAGAAUAAAUCCAUUGUAUGCUUGAAUCCUGCAGCCAAGAGGGUGCAAAUAUUAAUGACAUUUUUACAGAAAAAAAAUAUGCUUUCAACUGCACCAGCUCCAGUGAUGAAGAGGGCCUCCUGAUGCCAGUAUGCCCCCUAGAAACACCUGCUUUUGCCCCU